UGUCCCUCUGGGGCAAUAAGUAAAUUUUGAUUCUGACAUUUAUGAAAGCUCCCUUGUUGGUUGUUGUAUUAUUGCUUCAAGUAUCAGAAUGAGUCAGAUUCUUCUAUAAUGUAAAUAACAGGAGAAAAAAAAUCAUAUUAAUUGGCACAGCACCUUUGUGCAAGUUCUUUGUUAAUUUCUUGAUAUGAUAAAUAGGGGAAACAAAAACAUACAACAAUAAAAUACUCUCUGAAAUACUAUAAAAAAUACUUUCAUGAAAUACUAUACCUUUUAAACCCAAUUAUGCCACCAAGUCCAACAAGAUGUAACUUUGAGCAAACCCAAUUUGCUUCCUUCCAUUCUCUUCAUUAGCAUGAGGAGGCUCCAGACUUCCAGACAUCCCUGGGUAUCAUAAUAGCAAUCAAAGGACAGUGUGCUGUAGCCACUUGUCACACUAAUAUAAUCAGUGGGACGCUAAUGUGACCCUGAGCGCAGCAAACAGCCGUGACCUCUGACCUCUGCUCCACUUUCUCACUAUUGAUCCUGUAGAUUCUUCUGAUGUGGAGGGUAAGUGUGAGAUUUUUCCUUGGGCAUAAAGGCCUUAAAGGGGCUCUCAUUAGGGACUAUGUGUAAGUUUCUAUCCAGGAAUACAUCAUUAUAGUCUACAGCUGUACCAGUCUCCAGUCAUUCAGUCUGUCCAGAGCUCCAGCAGAGACAGGUGUGGAGCAGUCAGACCCAUGCUUCUACUCCCAGAACAAAAUGGAGUUGUUGACGCUGAUGCUGGUGCUCCCUACAAUUUACGCACAGCCCUGGCAUGUUUUGCAGGCUGGACAAGUGAAAACACGCUUAACUGAAUUGGAAGAUGCUCUGUUGGCUGGAAAAGAGGAGGUCAGACAAAACUUUAACGCUGGCCUGAAUCCAGACAUUAAACUGCAUAGUAACGAAGCAAGUGAAGUAGAAUUAACCGCUGAAGCUCAAGCCAUGAUAUUAGGUAAAACCGAUAAUAGUUAUAGUACUGAUGAAGACUAUGAUGAUACGCAGCGAUUAGUGCGGGAGGAAGAAGAGAGCAUGCUGGUGGCAGGACUCCAUCUUGACAAGAAGAGAGAGAGAACAGCAAAAAACAAAAGUUCACUAAUUUCGUCUAACAAUAAUGGCCGAACUAUGAUUCCUGUUUCAUCCACACAUGUACCUUUAACCUCUGCCCACCUGUCCAGUCCUGACAUUCCUUCAAAUCCCACUGAGGCUACCAAGGCAAUCGGUGACGUCAAGUCUGAGUCCUUCCUAGAGCAUCUCCUUGCUGAGGUGUUACUGAUCCCCACCCAUACCUCCACAAUGGAAGUAAACAAAGGACACGGUUUGAUGGAUCUCAGAAUUCAUACAGGACACAGUGAAGACAGUAUAAAACAAAUAGGAACUUCAACAGGACCUGCUGAGAGAACUUUUACCUACAACACUCAAGCAGCCAUGUUAAGUUCAACAGAAACACAACCAAAUGUACCACAAGUGACCACAACAGUAAAAACAGCAGGAAAUGCAUAUAAACCUGAAACUAAAGACAAAAAUGCAUCUUCAAAAGCUUUAAUUAAGACACUGGAGAAAAAUGUCCCAGCACAAUCAAAAUCCCCCAAAAAGACAACAAUAAAGAAGACAGACAAGAAUUAUAGUAAUGCACAAACACAGCCACAGGAUUUCCCAUACUUCCUGGACAACUACUGCCCCCCUGAGUGUGCCUGCUAUGGGAGAGUGGUCCAGUGCUCAGAUAAAGGCAUGGACAGAGUUCCUUAUGGCAUCCCUUACAACUCCCGCUACGUCCUGCUCAUGAACAAUCACAUCGACCGCAUCCAGCUGGACCUGCUCAGCGAGUACAGCACCCUGGAGUUCCUGGCACUUACCAACAACCGCCUGACAGAUGGCGCUAUAGAGGGGGCUUUUGAGGGGGUUCCUGCUCUUAAACGCCUCUAUCUAGACACCAACCAGUUACAAAGGGUGCCCAAUGAUCUUCCAACAUCCUUAGAAGAACUGCGUUUGGACAAUAACAAAGUAGAGGGCAUGUCUGAAACAGCAUGGACACACUGCCCAGGACUGUUAAUACUUAGCAUGAGCAACAACAGUCUGGGAAAUGAUGCACAGUCUUUACCGAAAGCUGUUUUAUCAUCUUUGUGCAAGCUCCGAACACUAAACUUGGAUCACAACCAGCUGACUUUAGUUCCUUUGGGGUUGCCAUUGUCUAUCAAAGAGUUGUAUCUGAAAGGAAACCAUAUAGAGGAGUUUCAUAGUGGGGCUUUUAAUGGCAAAUCAGAGCUGGUGGUGUUGGACCUGAGCAAAAAUAGACUGACAAAUAAGGGUCUUCGUAAGGACUCACUGGUUAAUGCCACACAUUUGGAAAGCUUAAAUUUAGAAGGAAACAGGCUUAAACAAAUCCCACAGCAUCUUCCUUUAUCACUCAAGACUUUAAGUCUCGAAAGCAAUCUUAUAACGUCCAUAAAGAAAAUGGCUUUUGGUGCACUAAAAAACCUGGAGCAUUUGGGUUUGGCAAGAAACAAAAUCUUCAAAGUAGCAGUGGGCGCAUUCAGGACAUUGCCCGUUUUGCAUCAGCUGGAUUUAGGACACAAUGCUUUGAGACAGGUCCCAAGGCAGCUAUCCAAAAGUCUUCACUCAGUGUCGCUCACACACAACAGGAUCCAGGAAGUGCCCCGUGACUCUUUCUGCUGGGGCAAUACUACUCUGAAUCUGAGCGGACUGGUCCAAGUCCAGCUGCACAACAAUCCUAUAGAUCUGUCCCAUAUAGAUACACAGGCCUUCAGGUGUUUAAGGGGGUUUCAGGUAGUGCACUUUUACUGAAAACAGAUAAAAUAAAGGUAAAUUAUCCAUCCUAUGUGGUAUCCCAAAAUGUGAUAUUUAUUGUAUUUAAGGCACAAUUACUUCCACAAUCUAUUGAUUGAAAUGAUUCUAAGGCAGCACAUUAUAAUGCAGUGAAAUUGGACUUGAAAUUGGAGUGGAUGCAAUUAUCAAAUCUGAACUAAAUAUUCUGUUUAUGGAAAAGUCUUGUUACUUUAGACCUACACAAACAUGCUCUGAAAUUCAUGGGAUUCUUGUAUUAGUUUAUUAGUUCAUAUUUCAGUGUUCUCUCAAAUGUUAAUGCUGCUGGAAAUGUUUACAAUGUGCACUCUGAACAGAAUCCUACUUUUUUAUUUGCUUUUUUAAUACUUCAGUACAUACUUAAUUAAAUAAGUUUUUUAACCUUAAUGUCUUAUCUUUUGAAAUGAUGUCUAAUAACAUUUUUAUAGUAAAUAUAUUCACUUGUGAUUGCCAUUAAUCUGUGGUAGGUUACUAGUUUCGACAAAUUAGUCACUCUGUUUUUUCCUUAAACAUAACUUAAUCCCCUAAAGACUUCCUAUGUGACACCAUGGAAGUCUCAGCAGUCAUUUACCAGAAACUUUGCUGUUUUAGCUAAAGAGGAAUAUUGAUGUCAGUGUUUGCAUUGCCAGUGGAAAAGGCAACAGCGUCAUGUGACUAAGAAUGUAAACUAUGGUUGUGAAGAGGUAUCAU